AUGAUGGUGUUGUUCCAGAACAAGAUCAUUUACAUGCCGUCUGUUCCACCAUUUUCAAGGUCUGAGACCGUCAGCGAAUAUGCUAGACAGUGUCAGCCAGUAACCUGGACGGAACACGAUCUUCGAGCCGUUGACGGCACUGCACUCACGCUCCUGGAAGGUACCAUCGACUCCAAGGCCAAUGUACCAGUAAAGGAACACGUUGUUGUGCUAUAUCUCCAAGGGAAUGCUUCUUCGUUGCCUCCACGGCUUCCAUAUCUUUCGAGGGUAUUGAAGUCUGCUCACGACUCGGAGUCUAGUGACAGGCAGUAUACUAUUGUUGCUUUGUCCUAUCGUGGAUACUGGAAGUCGAAAGGGAGUCCAUCCCAAACUGGCAUUGAGCUCGACGUGGAAGCUGCCCUCGAUUGGAUCUUCCAUAGAUAUGAGCCUGACAAAACGAAGGUUGUUGUCUGGGGCCAGUCUAUCGGAGCAGGUGCCGCAACAAUUGGCUUGGCUAACUUGUCGAGAAAGAGUGAUGGAAGUCUCAGUCGCAUCGCGGGAGUGGUGCUGGAGACUCCAUUUGUCGACCUCAAGGCAAUGCUGAUAGCGUUGUAUCCUCAAAAAUUCCUCCCUUAUCGAUACUUGUCUCCAUUCCUCCUGUCCAGGUGGGACAGCCAGACUGCGCUUCAUGAAAUUGCAAAGGCCAAGCCAGAUCUGAGCAUCUUGAUCCUGGAGGCUGGGGAUGAUGAGAUUGUGCCUGCAGGACAGGCAGCCAUUCUCGAGGAGGUUUGUCAUAAACAAGGUAUUACUGUGGAGCGAAAGGUCGUGCCUGGCGCAUUGCACACAGAGGUCAUGACCAAAGGGCAAGGCCGCAACCACAUCGUGAAAUUUCUCCGUUGGGUGGGGGAGCCGAAGACCGCUCAAUGA